CAGAAUGACCCCUCCCUCCUGCGUAUCGCUACUCUGCUGCUGCCGUCUUACUGUGGGGGUCCCGCUACCGGAUAUCCAAAUGCAAGGAUGGAAAUGUUUUAGCUUUAGGGAGCUCUUGCUAUAUCAUAAUGUAGUGACGGUUUGUAGUCACCCAGGUGGAACACACUGCAAAUUUCAAUCAUACAUGGCCCUGCACAGUGCACAUCACUUCGAUUCGUAAGAAAGACCUAAGCUCACAUUCUACAGCCAUCAGUUCAAGUGCAAGUUACUUGCGAUGUCGACAGUCCGCUCUUACUCGGAUCCCUAAAAAUCAGGUCACCACUUACACCUCAAAAUCAAAUCCCGCGUAGAGAGCGUAUGGACCGAAUUGCAACAUACGCUCUCUGCGCGGGAAACGAAAAAUGAUUCGGAUACCGGGAGUCGAACCCGGGGCCGCUGUGUGAAAGACAGCAAUGUUAACCGUUACACCAUA